AUGGCAGAACUCGGGACCCGUACACCUCCGGAUCCAGGUGCAGACCCAGACCAGGACGCAGACCUCGACCAGAACAACACAGCAUACACGACAGACACUGACUACAACGGCGACUACACCAACACCAUUCGCAACCCCGAUGACGCCCGACCUCGCGACGCCGAUUCCAUGGCAGACUUCGUCCAAAUUUCCGCUCCCCACCCGGACGAGGGGCCCCGAAUGCGAUGCUGCUGCGGUCGCCACGAUUGUGCUUAUUUGAAGCAUAGCUGCUCCGUGCUCGAAACCGUCGAAAAGGAUGUCCAUACCGCCGCUAAGCUGGGCAAGGCCCUUCUUGCUCGUCAUGAGGCAUACAUGGCCGAUGCCGAACGAGAUCGCAUAUCCCUCACGAGUCGCAUAGAACAGUUGGAAAACGAAAAGGUGGAACUCCAGGCCGAGAACGCAAGGACCGUCGAAGAGAACCGUAACCUGCUAGACCAGCUCGAGAUGCUCAACAACACGGUUCAGGAUUCCGAUAUCCGCAUUCAGACCCUCGAGGCUACCCUGCUGUCGUCUCACCAAGCAGUGCGGCGUCUCGAGGGCGCUGCAGCUCGUGCAGCGGAGAUGGAGAGGCAUAUUGCGCUUCUCGAACAAGAGCAGUUGCGGCUACAAAAUACCCUAAUCACUACCGAAUCCGAGGCUCGCUCCGCCAUGCAGCGAUGGAGGAAGGCUGAGAGGGGCAUAUCUGACCUUCAGGAGCAGCUGGAGCGUAUGGAAACGGAGGCCAAAGAAGAGCGUGAACGCCAUGCCGAGGUUCUUGGCCGCGUGGAACGCCAGCGUGAGAUGGAAAAAGAACUGAACCUCGCCGCCGGACGCCUCAAGGGAGCUGCCGCCGCCAAGUCGCUCACUGACGGGAAGCCUGCCACCAACGUGGUGUCUCACUUUGUCCGCGAUUUGCUGCAGGACAAUGCAAAUCUGCAGCUGGGCAUGGCUGAAUUGCGGGAGAUGCUUCUCAAUUCGAACGACGAAAUCCAGGCCAUGCGGGACCAGCUCAUGUGCCAUCAACCCAUUGGAGAGGAAGACGCCAGCGCUGCAUCGACGUUGCGUGCGGAAAUCGGGCCGGAAUUAGGGGAAACGAUGCAGAACAUUUCCCAGCAAGUGCACAUCCACCACCAUUAUCACGUUGCCGAAAAGAACAAGAAGAAGAAGCGCCAUAGCCUGAAUCCGGCAAUCUUCUCCCCCGCCAGCGUCUCGCGAUCAUCCACCCCUCCGGCCAUGUGGCGGCCGGGCCCCGCACCAGUGACCCCCAUGGCGUCGCACUCUCACACGGGAUCGACGUCGACGGUUUCGGUGCCGCCGUCAAACAGGUGGUCCGUCUUCUCAGAACAGCCCUCAGAGUUUGCACCCUCGUCCGUCCCAAGCUCACCUCAGUCGAACCCUCGUCUUUCCAUGUUCGACAGGCCCAUGUUGGAGACGGAUUUGCCCAUGUCUCCAACAACCAGCCUGGAUCCUACUUCACCUACCUGGAAGAUUUCUCAUCACAAGCGCCCUUCAGAGGCAUCGAUUCGAAGUUUCUCCGUACCCCCAAAGUUCCUGAACUUGGGCUCGCCAGCGCCCCCAGCAGCCGCGACAGUGCACGUGUCUCGGCCCAUCUCGUCUACGAUUGAAGAGGAAAGGGAGGAGCACCACGGAGAAGAAGUGCCAGGGCUUCUCACGUACACAGAGGAUCAACCCGAGACGGAGACGGAGCCGGAGACGGAAAAUUCCUUUUCCAAGGAUGAAGAGCUGCCGCGGAGGGGCCUGCGCCGUGCCGUCUCCCACGAGUCAAUCAUGUCGUUGUCGGGAGGGUUGGAUAUUCACACACUGAAAGUACGACCUAGUCAACUGACCCUUCGUCCAUUGGGUGGAGCCGAUGCUGUGUUUACGGGAGUCACGGCACGAUCGACGAUAUCCAGAGGAAGCGAUCGGCGGAGUGAUGCUUUGCUUCGCGAUAGUCUGGCUGGGCGACCGAUGUCGAGGAUGGUAUUCACUCCGGUUCGGAGCGCUUCGCCGGCAAGCACGCACUCUCAAGGUUCACAGCAUUCGGGGGGACUGGGCCGAUGGGUCAGUUGGAGGCCGUGGACUGGCGCGGCAGCAGGUCGAGCAACAACGCCUACGCAGGCACCGCCCACACCGACACCAGCGCAACGAAGCGGAAAGGAAAGGCAGAAGGAGGUUCUUAGACCGACGGGCAUCAAUCAAGCUGGUGCCAUACCCGGUUUCCAAGAGUACUUGGCGGCUCACCAACGUCGCGGUCCUCCGAGCAAGGUGUCGCCUGACCUGGUUGACGUCGCUGCGCUGCGGGAGGUGUUGGAGGAGUGA